UCGAAGCCACUCUCGACCGCCAUGGCCUCCAACGACCGCGUCCGCCAGCGCGGCAUCACCAUACACAGGCCCAUCAUCUAUGGCAACACCGCCGUAGUCCUCACCCAGCAGGAGCGCGAGACCGUCCCCAGCCCCGACCACACCCACCGAUGGACCGUCGCCGUGCGCAGCCCUGCAUCAGCCGACUCCGAGACUGUAGGGGGUAAGGAUGACCUCAGCUAUUUCAUUAAACGGGUGACCUUCAAGCUGCACGACACGUACACGGUCCCGUCGCGAACCUUUGACAAGCCACCGUUCGAAGUUACAGAAACAGGAUGGGGAGAGUUCGAGAUCCAAAUUCGUAUCAACUUCGUCCCUGAAUCCGGUGAAAAGGCCGUUGUGGUCUACCACCACCUCAAACUACAUCCCUGGACUGCCGCCGGCUCCAAUGACCCAGAGAUCCCACCGCUCGAGGUGGCCAUGAAGAUGGGACCUGUGCAUUCCUGGCAGUACGAUGAGAUCGUCUUCCACGACCCAUUCCAGUCCUUCCUCAACAUCCUCACCGCACACCCGCCCACAGCGCUCCCGAGGCACAAAUCGCGCCCUGUGCCCUUCCACACUGCGAAUCCGGCCUCAUUGGAGGCAUCAAGGGGCGGCGUGCCGGAGUUUACUCAACAGAUGGAGCGUGAGGAGGCCGAACGGCUGGAGGCUGCGCGGAAAGCGGUCGUGGCUGAAACCGACAAUUGGAGAGGGCGACUCAUUGGCAAGGAAAAAGAGCUCGAAAAGCUCAAACGUCUCCUCGAAGCUAGGGGUGGUUCGACCGAUUGAUAUGUGAUGCAUAACGGUGUAUACUAUGUACUAAUAGUGUAGCAAUACAGAUGAUGGGAUAGCGACGUGCCUAGGAUA